AUGAGUGACGGCCUGAGAGAUGGACGUUACCGACGUCACAGCCAUGCGCCGUGUGAACGGACUGAUGGGUCAAGAGAGAGGCAUCAGCGUCAAUAUCGCGAUCGGCCGCGCGGCAGAGAUCACGAACAGCAUCGUGAUAGCUCACACAGUAGGGAUCAGUAUGGUUCCAACGAGGAGCAUUGCAAAGGCAGAAUAAGGGAUCGUCCAGCUAAUCGCUCAAGUAGAUAUCAAACCCCAUGGCAGGAACUGAACAAGGAGAGUGCUCAAACAUCUCAUUCCCAACGUCGUGACGAAACGGAGGCCUCGAGAUCUCACCAUCAGUCUCGAGGCGAACAAAGACAUCUAGGCGCUCGGGAAGGAAGGGUCGGUGCAUCUGACUCUCUAACGCGUCAGCAGAGAGGUCCCGAUGGUACACCAUUCGGCAGCCUACCCAAGUACAAAGCCAAACCAGGCAUGACCUUCGGACUUGGCAAUCACUUCAUGAAUACAUACAGGCAUAUCAAGGCCGAGCACGAUGCUGGAUAUAGACCCAAAGGUUUGAUCGAGAAAGCGUUGGAUGAAGCAAGGAAGAAGAAGCUAGAGGCAAAGACUAGGGAAGAAAAGAUGAAUCGUGAUUGGAAUGAAGAAGAAACCUCGAUGGACGAUAAAGUUCGGAAGCAGCCCGGGAUUGACAAACGGGAUGAGCGGCGAAUUGAAGUCUAUGAGCGGAAGCCCAAAGCUACUGAGGCUGAGGCACGGGGACGCCAUCACCGAAAUCAAAAGGAUCGUGGGCGGAUGAGUCAAGAGGGUGAGCAAAGAUGGAGAGUGGUUGAUCAGAAGAGCAGUCAAGGCGCGCCAGUUCCUGUAAUACGUGUCCGAUCUGCAUCACCUGUUGGAAGCCCCGAACGAACCGUUCCUUCUGGUUAUAGAACAAGGCCAUUGCCAAAACCCUCAAGACUUCAAAAGUCUCAAUCUGGAGCAAUAUCGCGAGAUUAUCAACGCAGUCAAGAAGCCUCGAUUCCGGGAGAUCACGAUUACGAAGACAAACACAAUGAACACAGACCAAUGCACCCUCAGCCAAUUACUCUUGAUGAUCCCCAACGCCAUGGUAUAGCUUCCUCUCUUGCGGGCAAUCAAUCGUCAAUAGAGUCAGAGACCGCCUCUAGAGCCUCGUCUCCUAUCAUGUCACAUGCGCCUCCACCUCCACCUCCGCCUCCGCUACCCGUAUUGAAAGCGGCCGGCAACGGAAGAGUAGCUCUACUUGACCACAUCCAAGGCAGAAUCGAGCAACUCAGAGUAGUUUAUCCCAACAAAAAAGACAAGUCGGCAAGCUCCAGUGCAGGAGUUUUGUAUGAGCAAACUGAGCACAGCCAGGAGGUCGAAGAGCGAGAACGUACUCAAGCUGAAAGGUCAAAUGAUGGACGUGACACUCAGCCAGAACCGAACAGAGCGUUCCGUCAAGACCUCUUAGAUGCACUCCAGAGACGGAAUACUACGGGACGAGAAUAUUCUGACUAA